CGGGUUGCUACGUACGCUAAGUUCCGGCCGAGAGGCGAGCGGACCGAGGCAACUUUUAUAACGAUUUGAAAAAAAAAAGAAGUCAGAAAGUCGACGGUGAAAACCGAAUCUUCCGAGAUGGCGGGGCAGGAAAGUCCGCAUUUGUUCUCUCCCUUCAACGAGCCUUACGAGGCCGCUGUGCCUCCGUUGGGAGUAUGACGACGCUGGGCAGACGCUGUGGAGGAACCGGCCCGCGGCCGUCCGAGGAUGAACACCAUGGAGAACUUAGAGAAACAGCUCAUUUGCCCCAUAUGCCUGGAGAUGUUUACCAAGCCUGUGGUGAUCCUACCAUGCCAGCACAACCUCUGCAGAAAGUGUGCUAAUGACGUUUUCCAGGCGUCAAACCCGUACCUUCCAACACGCGGGGGCUCAAUAACAUCAGGUGGCCGCUUCCGAUGUCCUUCAUGUAGACACGAGGUGGUGCUGGACAGGCAUGGCGUCUAUGGGCUGCAGAGGAACUUGCUGGUGGAGAACAUUAUUGAUAUGUUCAAACAGGAGUCCAGCAGCAGCAAACCCGCUCCAGUGCAAAAGGAGGAAACACCCAUGUGUGAUGUCCACGAGGAUGAAAAGAUCAACAUUUAUUGUGUGACCCAUAGUGUGCCCACGUGCUCCAUGUGUAAGGUAUUUGGAGUUCACAAAGACUGUGAGGUGGCGCCUCUCACAAGCAUCUACCAGACACAGAAGACAGAGCUGAGUGACGGGAUAGCCAUGAUUGUCGGGAAUAACGACAGGAUGCAAGGCAUCAUCAGUCAGCUGGAGGAAGCCUGUCGGGCCAUAGAGGAGAAUGGUCGAAGGCAGAAGAAUCUGGUAUGUGAGAAAUUCGACCAACUGUACACCAUCUUAGAGGAGAAGAAGAGGCAGAUGAGCCAGAGGGUGACCAGUGAACAGGAAGAGAAGCUUAACUAUAUCCGGAGUCUGUCCCGAAAGUAUGGAGACCAUCUGGAGGAGGGCUGUAAGAUAGUGGAGACGGGGAUUCAGACCAUGGAGGAGCCAGAGAUGGCUGUCUUCCUGCAGACGGCAAAGCCUCUCCUUCAAAAGAUUACAAAAGCGUCGAGCACAGCCCACCUGGACAAGGUCGAGCGAGGCUACGAGAACAUGGAUCACUACAGCGUCGACUUCAAGAAGGAGGGGAUGGCCCUUCGCACCAUCGACUUCAUCCAAGAGGAUGAAGAUGAGGAAGAGGACGAUGAGGAGGGAGAGGCCAGUGCUGUGGCGGGAGAGGGUACCCCGGGUGAUCUGGGUGGCAGCGUCUCUUCCGCCGCCGCCCAACCCGGAUUGCCCCCACAGACUAACUCUGCCCCGAACGCGGCCAAGGGCGCCGCCUCAACCUAGCUGUCAGCCACAUACGCCCAGACGCCACCUAAUAAUAAGCCUGGAGCGGGCCGAGUGUCGCCCCAGACGUUGAACUCGGGUCAGUUGUGACACUCCCCUCCCCCCCCCCCCCAGAUCUGGGUUACUGCUUUAGAUCCGCAUCAGAAAGGUUGCUUACUUGUUGAGCCAGAGAGAGAGAAAAGCAUCGACUUCCCUCGGUCUCUCUGUCACAGCAGGGACGGAUUGGAGGCUGUUCAAGUGUUGUGUGUGCUGGCAGUUUCCUGUCAAGUUCGAUGUGAUCGUGAUGAAGUGACUAAUGGAAAGAAUUGGUUGCAUGAUUAUAUAAAGGAGCAUAAUCCUCAGCCCGUUAAUGUUGGAUGUAAUCUAUAUGCAAAACACAGGCACGGAGUUUUCGUUAGGUUGAAUUUAUAAUUUCUCCGAUGUUGUUCACACUCUUCUUUUUUUUCCCCCCCUGUUUUACGAACCUCGUGUAUUUCAACCACUGCUUGAAGUACGUCUUUAUAUGAUGUCACUGGGUAAGUAUUUCAGACAUGACAGCCUCCUGUUAGUCUCCUUGUCCUGUACUGCUUGUAUAGGAGUGAUAUAAUUGUAUGAGCAGGAUGUUAGAUAAUAAACCACAGGACAGAAGAUGACUAGCUUUGUUUUGGGGGUUUUUUUUGUAGGAUUUUUUUUGUUUUGUUUUUGGGUCAUUUCAGUGCUUUGGCUAGGCCCGCCUGCUUCACACACUUUACUCUUUUAC